GUUAGUGCUUUUUAUUAUUUCUUUUGGGUGUUUUAAUCAUUUUUUUCAGCUAGGUUUUUUUCCCUGUUGGAGCUUCGAAGCAAUGGAUCCAGUUACAUCGCAUGGUGGUCUAUCUCUUCCGCCGCCGUUUAACAUAAGAGAUUUCAAUCUUCACCACCACCACCAUCAGCAGCAGCAGCAGCAACAGGAACAUCAUCAGUUCCAUCACCAGAACUCCGAAGAAGACGAACAAAGCGGCAGCAGCAGCGGCGUAAAGAAACGGGAUCGCGAAGACGACGGCAGCGGCGGUGUAGCCGAAGGCAAAGAGCUCGGAAACAUCCAUGGUGGUGAAGGUGAGAUGAGUAGAAGGCCACGAGGCAGGCCUGCGGGAUCCAAGAACAAGCCUAAGCCACCCAUCAUCAUCACUCGAGACAGCGCCAACGCUCUACACACCCACAUGAUGGAGAUCGGCGACGGAUGCGACAUCGUAGAUAGCGUCACCACUUUCGCCAGACAGCGCCAGAGAGGGAUUUGCAUCAUGAGUGGGACGGGGAACGUUACUAAUGUUACGCUUCGGCAACCUGCUUCGGCUGGUGCAAUUGUGAGCUUACAUGGGCGUUUCGAGAUAUUAUCGUUGUCGGGUUCGUUCUUGCCUCCUCCGGCACCGCCUUCUGCGACGGGACUAACCAUAUACUUAGCCGGCGGACAAGGACAAGUCGUAGGUGGCAGUGUUGUUGGGACACUAACUUGUUCAGGACCUGUUGUGAUUAUGGCAGCUUCUUUUAGUAACGCCGCUUACGAGCGGCUUCCAUUGGAAGAAGAAGAACCGCCGCAGCUUCCGAUGCAAGGCGGUACGAUCGAAUCGUCGUCGGAAGCAGUGGGUGGGCAACAACAACAACAAGCGGCGCCGGAGUCAAAUGCGCCAUUUUUCCAUGGACUCCAACAAAAUCUUCUCAAUUCCAUUCAGUUACCAAAUGAAGCAUUUUGGGCCAGUGGUGGUCGCCCUCCAUUCUAGUUGGCUGGUGAGAACUUAGUUUAUAGCUAGAAAAUCUGGGUUUGUCGAGCAACAUUUUCCAGGUUUUGUUUCCAUUUUUCUUAUCCUUUCUUUCGUUUUGAAUUGAAUUUGAGGAGUGGAUCAUGUAUGCUUGCAUGGUUGA